UCGUCAUGAAGGCUCAUUUAAUUCUGUUCGCCUCCUUGUGCAGACUUGGACUGUUGGUGAAUGUCACGGCUGAUAUGACUGUCGAAGAUGAAGAAGACGAUGGAUUCCAGCACGGAUUCUCGAUGGCGGAUGAAAUGGACAAGGAAGAAUUCGGUUUGCCCUUGAACGACCAAGAAAUGGAAGACGACGACUUGGAGCGGAUGGCUGAUCCUUUGAGAGUUCGUAUCCGCAUUCGACGCCCUCCGUUUGGUGUCGGAAUGCGUGGAAUGGGUGGACUUGGUGAAAUGGGUGGAUUUCCCGGAAUUGGAGGGUAUGCUGGACUUGGCGGAUAUGCUGGACUCGGUGGACUGGGUCUUUCCGGUGGAUUCGGACUUGGCUUUGACGAAACUGAGGAAAGAUCUUCUGCUGUAGCUGAUGAUGAGGAUUCUCCAAGAUCAUCCGGCCCGGAAAUGGAAGACGACAGCAAUAGCGACGAUGAGGAACGUAUGGCCGAUCCGGUGAGAAUCCGCAUUCGCGUUCGACCGUCUUUCCCAGGAUUUGAUCCUCGAGUUGGAAUGGAAGAUGGCGAAGAGUCAACGGCCGAUCCAGCGAGAUUCCGCAUAAGUGUUCCAUCAAAAUUUGUUCCUCCGGGUAGAAUUACAGCUUUGGAUGAAUUAAUGUCCGACCCGUUCUUCCGAAUUCGUAUGAGAGCCGGUUUAGGCCGGCCAUUUGGAAUGGGUUUCCCAUUUGGUUACGGGGGUUUCUUUUCUAGACCCAGCCCUUACUUUUUCGACAGCCCCAUGGAAAACAAAGGAUCACGUUAUUCCAAAAGAGGCGAAGCUGGACGUUGGUUUGAUCCGCUGAUCGAAGACAUCACCAAUAAAGAGCGCAUCCGCAUUCGUACGCCAGAUCGUUACGAUCGUUACCGUCCUUACAAACCUUAUUACUGGCGAAUGAAGAAAUUUUAAUUUGGACGAGAUGGACACCCCAAUACAAUUCAUUAACGUUUUGCUGGUCUCCCUUUUGCCGACAACCAUUCUUUAGAGCUGUGGACGUCUUCCAUUCAUCCGGCCCACAUGUCUUCUCGCUUUGCAUGAUGAAAUUGCGCUACUGAUUUGUCUUUGAUUGUUCUCUUUCCUCACCGCUAUAUCUACCUACUGUUCUCUAUACCGACAAAGAAGCACGUUUGAAAUCAUUUUGGAAAGUUAAACUUGGUUUAUGGUCUAUAAAUACACAUGUUGAAUGAA